AUGAUAAUAUUCAACAUUCAGAUUCCGUGGACAAAGCUAAAGACACAUCCAAUAUGUUUGUACUUGGACCAGGUGGAGCUAGAAAUGGAGACAUGUCGAGAUCUCAGGAAAACAGAGAAUAAACAAUCUUUGCAGUCAGCACCAAGCAAGUACGGGUUCCCGGAGAGAGUUGUAGAUGGAAUGUAUGUUCAUGUUAACUCAAUCAUUGGAAAGUUCAAAUCGGACACAUUCCAUGCAGAUAUACAGAUAUCCCAGCUUGUUGUCCAGAGCACAACCCCAGACUGGAAGCCAGCAGACCUGAGAUACUCUAGGAUUAAAAACAUGAAUCGAGGACAGGUUCUUACCUUUAAGGCAGUGGAAUGGUCCACGUUUAGAAUGACAGUGGAUGCAAUAGAGAAAGGGUCGGGCUCUCCCACUACGCCAAUUAGGUUGAUCACAAAUCAAGGAAAGAUCUGCAUCACGAUCAAGAAACGACUCAACGACUGUUCCCUGGUGACGUCCAGACUACAAGUGCUUCUGGACGACAUCCUCUGGGUUCUCACCGACUCCCAGAUCAAGGCCGUCGUGCUUCACAUGCGCAGUCUCAACCCCGUCAUUCAGAAGGCUGCAGCUCAGAGUAAAGUGCAUGCCGAGGCAGCAGGAGAGGCUGUGAGCAAUCAACACCCCACGGAGGAUCCUACCAACAGGCCUCAGAAUGUCAAAACCUCCAAGGAACUUCAACUGCUCCAGUUCUUUGAGCGCUACGACGUCCCAGAGACAUCCUAUCACUUCUUCACCAAGAGGGUCGACCUCCAUCUCUGUGACGAAAUGAAUCGACCCGAGAUAGACAAGAAUGCGGCAAAAGAAUCAUUCAAAAGGAGAAUAGAAGGAGGUGCUAUGCAGAUCUCAUUUUCUGGGGUUUCAUUCGACUACUAUCCUUACCAUAUAGCAAGUAGUUCUCGGACACACUGGCAAUACUUUGAUGAUGCAAUGAGUCUCUCAGAUAAAUGGAUACACACCAUCCUAGCUCACUUCAAGCAACAGUACGCCAUGGCCCGCAACGAACUUAAGAAAAGAACUGCCCCGCCCACUCAUCCGGCCACGCCCCCACCCCAUCAUCCACACGCAAAACAGACCACGCCCCCUGCACGCCCUGCCACACCCCCAAACAGGACUCAAUCGCAAGUUGGCAGGGAGCGUGCCUCGAGCGCCAGCCACGGCCGUCCGCCGGGGCGCCCUGGGGGCACAGCCGCCCCUCCCCAAGGUCAUCCCCGAUCCGGUGCCGUGCCUGGUCAGUCAAUGCGGACAGCGGUCAAGCUCAUGUCCAGCUGCCUGGUGUUCCGAAUACGAGCGUUGCAGCUGAGCAACGUGGCCACGUCGGACCGAGGUGCGAACAACGAGGAAAACCUGCGCAAUAAUCAUUUCUUGAUGUCGGACAAGAAGACAUUCCACCUGCCUCCUGAUAUACCGUCCAUACAUGUAGAAUACAUGUCUUUCUACUUUCCUAAUGAACUUGACUUCCCAGUGCCAGCUCCUGUGAUCUAUGCUCAGAUUAACCCUAUGCAGCUCAGACUGGACAAUACUACUAUGCUAUGGCUCAACCAGUUUGCUUUCAAUGUUAUGCAGACAUUACCUGAAAUAGAGGAAAUAGCUCCAGCUUCCCAGACAAACACAGGACAGGACCACAUUGACAUCAGAAUAGAUGCUCUUAUGCAGAAGGUACUGGUUCCUGUCCCUGACCCUGUGGCCAACCAGCCUGACAGGCCCAAGAUCCUCCAGGUCCAAGUCUCACAAGUAACGGCAACCAACUGCCGGGUUGGGACUAACUCCUCCAGACCGGACCUGUCCAAAGUCCUGCAGAAGUUCCAAGGAGUCCAACUCUUUCAUGCUUCGUCGUUCCCAGGCAAAAAGACAGAUCUGGAGACCUUGCCAUCACAGUUCUGGAAGCACGCUUAUGAACCUAACUUCCUCCUUCCUCCAGAGAUGCAGGAGGAUAGGAAGGAUGACUCUGUUCACAAGAAUGGGACACCACCCCAGUUGAGGGACGGGACGGAACACUCUAAACCACUUCAGGAUGUGAAGGUGACAACGUAUACCUUCAGACCGGAUGCAGCUGAUGAUGUCUGGGGCAUCAAGGUUGAUCAGAUCUGGGCGGACUUUGUUGGAGUUCCCAGCUCCCCGGACAGGCCAGUACCAUUCAUCCAGCCUCUGCCGCUCAGCCUAUGGAUGUGCUCAGCCAAUAGCAAUACAGCAUUACAAUCACAUGACCAUAUAUCUGGGAGUAGCCCAUCUCUUGCCAAUAUGCACAUGGUUGUAGACACGCCCUCGUUUGUGGACAUCACCAUCAACCACUAUCAGCUUCUGUUCCUUCUUAGACUCCAGCAAUCCUUGCAAGUCCUCUCCUCAAACAUGGAACUUGACCAAAACCUUUUCGCCAAAGAUGAACCUCAGGAGGCGAUGCCCGCCGCCGCCAGUCGUGUGAUCUCCGUAGUCUUCCCCAGUAUCCAUUUAACCCUGCUCGGACCCCCAUCGUCGGGUACCGACAAACAGGAGGACGAGACAACGUCGGUCAGUGAUGUAACCAAGGAUGAUGGGAAGGUAGAGGAAAGUAGUCAGGAAGCAGAAGCCGAUGGUGGUGAUAGCGUAGAAGAAUUGACAAACAUUCAGAAGACAGAACUAUCAGAUUUAGAUCAGAGUAGCUCUGAGGUUGUUACAGACUCCUCGUCACCUAUGUCGGACUCGGUUGAUCUUGAAAGUGACGUUAAGAAUGGUAUAUGCAAUAGUGUUGUUAAUGGAAAUGGUGUUCAUGUUAUGGAUCGUAGUGACAUGAAGGCAUUGAACCUUGGACCACCUGGUGCAGUGGUCAUCACUGAUGCGACACCCAAUGGCAAUGGUCACACCUCGUUUCUUAAUAGCAAUGAACCGGUAACGAUCAGUGUGACUUCGCAUCCUUUGAGCAAUCCUCAAGGACAAGCACCUAGGAAGAACAACUCUGCCUCAGACCUGACCCAGUCAGGGAGCGUAUCCUCAGAGACUAGUGGUGGCUCUUUGUCCAACUUAUCUGGAGGCAUCCCCAAGAGCAACAGCCAGAACUCCAUCACGAUGCAGAUGAAUGCGCUCAUGUCAGCCAGCUCCAUGGCAUCAUUGGACGAGCAAGGAAUGGACUUCGAGACAAUAUCAGUGAGCAGUGAUUCCAGUGAAGGGUUCACGAUGGUUCCUCAAGGCUCGAGACCGGGAAGCACUGCGGAUACCGAGUCAGAGAGUGGUUUAGGGAGUGAGUUUUCGCAGUCCUUGACAACCCAAGAUGGACAUCAGAGCAGUGUUCUUACCUCAUCACCUAACCCUUUACCAGGAUCAACGUCCACUGUUGACAGUAGCACCGACGAUCUAGUCCCCGCCGAGGACAAACCCAAGAUGGAUGACUUUGCUGGAUGCAUCCAUAAGCUACGUCAGGUCUCUGUUAUGACCUUUGACCUUCACGGGGUCAGUGCGGUGGUUCAGAUGUGCCAAAAGAACAUGGCGGUUAGGGCAGCCGUCUUGGAUAUCGACAAGGAGGAAAAGGGCAACGAAAGCUUCACUAAAUACAUGAAUAGAUUAGACUCAGUCCACGCCACCCUGACUGCAUGCAUAACACAAGCAUGCGUAGAAGAAAAACUAAUGUACUUUACGUGCACGCGGGAUGCUGUACGUUUUCUCUACAAUUUGCCUGCUAGUACCGAUAACGGUGACUAUCAGCGCGAGAGUGUAAAGCAGAGGAAAGGAAAGGAAGAAGCGGAAGAGAAGACGGCGGUAAAACCAGCCAAGGCAUUGAUGCGGUUUACUUCCGGGCCUUUGGCUGAGAAGCUGUGUGAAAAAGGAGGAGAGAGGGGUUACCUGCAACUACAGUUGAGUGAUGUAGACCUGAAUUUCCUCAAGUCAUCGCUGACCAACCUGAGCUCCCUUGUCCAAGAUGAGCUGGACUCUCAGCCCAUGCCACUGGACAUCACAGUAUUCAACACAGCAGUUACAUUACAGGACGAUUCACCUCUGGUCUACCCUGAUACUGUUUCUAGCCCUCCUCUUCAAUUGAGAAUACCAUCAGUCAGAGUGCAUCGGUCUCCAGAUGGCGCUUUCCAUGUCAAAGGUAUCCAUCCGCAAGGCAUCAGCUUGAAAGCAACAGAAGACAACGACCCCACGCCACCAACCACACACCACAACGUAGACACCAACGCACCCACAACGUCACAAGACACAGCUGCCAUGGCAACGCUCAACGACGAGAACACCAUCCUCCGCAGCCAGAUGGCUCAUAUGAAGGACGCCCUCGCAGUGCUCGAGAGGGAGAGGACGUCGUUACUGUCAACGCUCGAGCACUUACAGGAAGAACUGUUGACGGCAGAUAGGGAGAGGGAUAAACUGAAGGAACAUGUGGUUGAGCUUAGUCGGAGAGUCAACCUGGGAAGAUGAGAAUCCCAGCGGUAUUCUUGAGUUCUGGUGAGGUAUAUGUGUGUUAAUGCGGAUCGAGGUGUUCACCAGGGAUGCUUUCUACCUUCUAUACACUUCACUAUAUGGAGCUGCUUUAGGGAGGGCUGUAGGUUUGAGAAUGGUGAGAAAAUGGCAUCACUUUCUACUAAGUCUUCACUGGGCACUCGUUGCAACUGUCCAUCCACCAAAGUUUUGGUCCGAAAGCCCGCUACUGAUUCGACGAACCCUGGUCCAAGACCGAGUGAAAUUUAUAUGUUGGGUGUUUGUACUUCAGGCCAUUAUAAAAAUCAUAUCUGAUUUAUCCACGCAGACCUAUACAAUGCUGAUUGCAGUCCACAAUGCAAAGGUGUACUCAUUAUUACAAGGUGAAAAUAUUAAUAUUGAUAUACACUGGCCAUCAAUUUUGAGGCUUCACGCUUCACAUAUAUUCUCCACAAUGGAAUUGUUAUAGACUGGCCAUGAUAUGAACCCCAUGGAGCUGUGUCAUUUUUUGGUGGAGAACGGCGGACGGAUAAAGUGAAGAAUACAUAAGGAAUUUAGUGACACCAGAGACUAUGAAUAUCACCACUUUAAGGCCUGUAAUUCCUCAUCCAGAUUCCUGCCUUACAAAGAGUUACGAUUGAUCCAAUCAAUCUCGAUUGUAUGGAAAUCCAUCCAUACCAUAAUGUUUUUCUACAAGAAAUUUGCACAUUCUCCUAAGUUAACAAAGAGAAUCACACUGAAUCUUCAAGAGAACUAUGAAUGUAUGAAGAUACAUUAUAUCUGGAAAAUAUUUUGAACAAAUUUGUAUUUUAGAUGUUGACGUUGCUGGCCAUCCAUAGUUGUGGUUGAUCGGAUCAACUGCAACUCCUUGUACGACGGGGCCCAGAUCUACAUAUCAAAGCUUUCACAUUAGACUGUUUUUCAAACACUGAAUCAACCAAGUUGAUUUAUGGAAAUGAUAAUACUGAGCAGGAUUUCUCAAUGUUCUUGCUGGAAUUUAUUGGCCCGUAACAUAUAAUCCAGGGCCCGUAUCACAAAGAGUUGUGAUUGAUCUGAUUAACUACAACUUUGGACGGCAAGCAACGUCAACAUCUGAAAUGCAAAUUUAUUCAAAAUAUUCUCUAGAUAUGAUGUAUAGUCGUGCAUUCAUCAUUCUCUUAAAGAUUCGGUGCAAUUCUCUUUGUUUACUAAGGAUAUUGUGCAAAUUUCUUGUAGAAAAAAAUCAUGGUAUGGAAAUUGAUUUGAUCAUUCGUAACUCUUUGUAAGACAGGCCCCGGCGAGUGGGCAAAGCCAUGUUGUUUCUUUAGAACAAAUUGACAGCGCCCACUGUUUGACCGUAUGUAUUUGAAAGAAAUGAUUUGCCAUGAUUUUGGAUGGAAUUACUUCACCAGAAAUCAAGAUUACCUACGUGUACUUUGCUAUCGAUAACCAAAGCAAUAAAAACUAUGGUAGUGGUGAUGAGACAAAUUAUCAUGUACUUUUAGAACAAAAUCAAAGAUUUUGAGAGAUAAAUACUAUUUAUUUAGGCCCUUACAAUUGGGUUUGAAAGCAGUUGUUAAGAAUGUUUCAUCAUUAACAGGAAUGAUGAAUAAGUUUCUAGCGCAAUAAAGUACUUAUUCAUAUGAUCAGUAUGUGUAUUAAAGUAGAUUGAAACACUGGGAACAGUAAUAGCUUGUGUGAAAACAGAAAAAUUAAAGAAACAAAUGAAUGAAAGUUUGAGAAAAACUGAACAAAUAAUAAGAAAGUCAUGAGCGUUUGAAUAUUGAGAUCACUAAUGGUGUGGACAUCCUCCCAUGGGCAUUGGGAUGAAUUUGUGUGAUGUCACAUUUGCACAGAUUCCUAAUUACUUCUCUACAUUAUUAUUUAAUUUGAAUUGUCUCUGUUAUUAUAUCUAUCUGUAGACCAGAGUUUUUUCUGUAAAUUGCCAAUUCGUCUAUUGCCAACUCGUCCACUCAUCACAUGGUUUAACUUCAUCUAAUGCCAUUCCGUCCAUCAACAUUUCGUCUAACAACCAUUUGGUCCAAUCAUCACUUUGUCUUAAUCACUAGUUCAUGUAUGACUAUUUCGUGUCAUAAUCGUUUUGGUCUAAUAUCCAUUUAAUUUUCUUUCAUUUCGCCCAAUUAACACUUAUUCAAAUUAAACCAAAUGGUAUAUGGAUUAAAUGGCUAUUGGACCAAUUGGUUAUUAGACGAAAUGGCAUUUAGACCAUGUGGAUAGUGGACAAACUGAUGGUAGACCAAAUGAUACACUUAGUAGAUGAGUUGAUAAUUGGACAAAUUGGCAUUAGACCAAUUGAUAAUAAACCGCUUUUUCAUUGGAGGACAUGCAAUAGAGGUGUCAUAAAUUUCAUCAGUGACAGGGUCUUUGUACUAUUUAUAUUUAUUAGAAUGUGAAAAAUGGAUGUAUUUGGGUUUAUCUUCAGUGUAUAAAGGGGAGAGUUGUACAUGUGUGACAUCACAAAUCUUGGUCACAUUGCCAAUGGAAGGAUCUCCAUAGCAUAUUUUGUGAUUUCGACAUUUGAAUGCUCAUAACUUUCCUAUUGUUUGUCCAAUUGUUCUCAAACCUUUUGUUUUGUUUGAUAUAUAUAUGUGUCGUUAUAAUUUAUGAAGAAAUUUCAAUUGAAUGUGCAGACUUGAUGGUCACAUAAAUGGCAGUGCUUUGACUCGAUAAAUAAAGUCAAUCUGCGUUGGUCAAAACACAAACCGUAGAAACUAGACAAUGGAAGUCGUGUGCUCGAUGUACUGCAGCUAUGUGGCUGCAAAAUUAAUGUGAUUUUUGUAUUCGUUUUCUUUUUGUUUUGCAAAAUAACACUGAUUUAAAGAUAAUUACAUGAAAGUCUAUAAUUUACCGGUUCCAUGACAUUUUCUCCAGCGACAAAUGCUCUGCUGUAAAUUGCCCACACUAAUGGAAUGUCCAACUUCAACCCUUGAUUGAGCACUAUAUCCUAUCCUUAACCUAAAACGUUUCCCUAAACCUAAUAUAUAAAGCCUAUUUGAACCUUCAUCCUAACCCUAUAUCUUAAAAAAAUAAAGCCGUGAGUAAUUGUCGCCGGAGCAAAUGUCGUGUCACCCUAUUUACCACCCUACCAAUAAAUCGGUGUGACUUUCAUGCAGGAAUCAAAUGGGUGACACAGCAUUUGCUCCGGUGUUAACUGUUAAUAUCUCAGAGGGCAUAUGGUUAGAGUUAAGAUUGUAAUGUCGUUUUUGGCUCAGAACAAUGUUGAAAUAUUGAAUUGGGUUCAUUUAGUUAUGGAGGGUUUAGAUUUUAUGUUUGGCUUAAUGGCAGAUUUUCCCAGGGAGCAAUUGUCGGCGGAGCAAAUGUCAUGGACCAUUCAAUGAAACAGACUACAAACCAAUUAAUGUUGGGUCAUUGGAAAUAUUACAUAAUAGCUGUGGUCAAUUUUUGUUUGUUUGGCAGUAUUACUAUCUUUAAUGUGUUGCUUUCAUGUGCGAUUUUAUGUUUGUGAAAAAGCUUGGCCUUAUUUUAUUACUUUGCAUACAGCUGCAGUUCAAAAGCAAUAACUUUUGAAGAAAGCUCUUUCAUUUGCCAUAAAAAUUUAGUUAGAUUCUUUUUUUUUCAUUACAUUUUUAGAUUGAAAUGUUUCUUUAUUUGCUCACCCUUUUGAAAUAUUCCAUAUUCAACAUAUUUAUAUCCUUUUUAUCAAUUUAUAUCAGCUACUUUGUUUUUUUAAAUCAUAUUUUGAAAGGGACUUCUGAAUGUAGGGAAUAAUAUUCAACUAUUUGAGUUAUUUGAUUGGAAAUAGAGUAUAAAUUUUUCCACUUUUGAAAUAUUCAUCCUACAGAGAUUGAUAAUUUCAUAUUAAAGUAUAAUAUAACAAAAGGUAAAUCGAUAGUCAAACCUCCAAAAAUGCAAUAUAUCACAUUAAAUAUGUCACACAAAUGUUACACAUAGUAAUAUGUUACUUGUAAUAUUUUGGGUGACAUUUCAGUUGUAACCACUUAAAGCUUCUGUCUCAAGGUAGGGCAUUGCAGUUACAUAUUUACAGCUUCAUAGC